AUGGCGCUUUUGGAGUGGCCAGUGGAUUCAUCAUCUGAUGUUCACGGCACCACCGUGCCCUCUCGAAAACACAGCGCCUCCCAAUGGAGACUCCAUAACAUUGCACAGGAAUCUGUUGAAAGCUCUGAUGAGGAAUUUUUUGAUGCCAGGGAUGUUAUGGAGGGGAAGACGGCCAUGCUGCUGGGGAUGAGCCAGUGGAACUCUAAUGACCUGGUGGAGCAGAUUGAGACGCUGGGACACCUGGAGCACUCAAGAGAAAGUCUUUACAGACUGCGGCGCCCUCGCUGUGCUCCACAGAGCAGUGUGGAUGGUUUGGAAGACAUGGAGAGGAAGUGCAGGACACAACUGCUCAUCCUGGUGAUUCAUGGAGGUCACAUCUUGGACUCUGGAGGUGGCGAUCCUGGAGGGAAAGCGUGUGAUGCUGCUACUCUAGCAUCCAUGUUGGAGCGUGUGGCGCGGGCACACUUCCAGGCUGCAGCAGACAACAUGCUGGUCAGAUUGGUGCCCUGCCUGCCAGUGUGCGCUGAUGCCUUCUCUCUUGUCUCAAAUUUAAAUCCAUACAGCUAUGAUGAAACCUGUCUGUCCAGCAGUGUGGAUCACUUGCCUCUGGCUGCUCUUCCCAUCCUUGCCAUUGCUGCCCCCCAUUACUUGAAUGCUGUGGCUACAGUCAUUGCUCAGGCCAAUCAGGUUUACCAAAACUUCCUUCAGUCCCCAGAGGGUGUGGGCUUCACUGGUCAGGUGUGUCUGGUGGCAGACUGUGUUGGCGGUGUACUCUGUUUUGACGCCUUGUGUUUCAGUGGUGACAAGCAACACAGAAGCCCUGAGGGCGGCAUCAAGAACAACAGUACAGAGAGUCUCAAGCCAGAUUUGAUGAACUGUCUGAGCCCUACUCUCCGUGGCAGCAAGCGCCUGAGUAAGAGCAACAUUGAUGUGUCAACACCAAGUGACGUGCUGUCUGGAGUCCGUCAUCCACUCAUCCGCAAGCAGACUGACUCAUGUGAUGCAGACGUGGCCAGUGGUCAGUCUGAGGUCUUUCUUAGCAGUCUAUCUCAGGACGAUCAGUGCAGCUCCAGGCAGGCUAUCAAUCCAGGCUGCUUUGAGUUUGAUGUGUCAGACUGCUUUCUGCUGGGCUGCCCACUGGGACUGGUGCUCGCUAUGAGGAGAACUGUGUUACCUGCUGUUGAGGUGGCUCAGCUCCGUCCAGCUUGUUCUCAGAUUUUUAAUCUGUUCUACUCAUCGGACCCCUCCGCAUCACGUCUGGAGCCCUUAUUGCACCCAGCUCUCACCCAACUGCCCCCCUUCCCUGUCCCUCGUUACCAGCGUCACCCCCUGGGUGAUGGGCGCUCCACUCUCAUCGCUGACACAGUACUCAGACACUUGUCAGACAGCUGUGUUUCUGCAGAUGGAGUCCCAGGGCAGUCUUGCACAGGAAAUGCGUCCCACAGGGUCAGUGAACGAGUGAUACGUUGUUGCCCCUCUCUCUCUGGCACUGACACCCAACUGACUGAACCCACCCCGAGCGAGCCUGUUGGCACUAUCUCACACAUAUGUAGUAGGUGGUGGGGGUCAAAGCGGUUAGAUUACGUGCUGUACUGUCCAGAUGUGCUCACCACCUUCCCCACUAUAGCUCUGCCUCAACUGUUCCAUGCCUCAUACUGGGAGUCCACAGAUGCCAUCGCCUUUAUUCUCAGACAGGUAAUGCAGUGUGACUGCCUAAAGGCUGGGGAGGUCAAUUGCUCAGAUGCUAUGCCCAUCUCUCCUUCCAGCCCACGUGAGAAGUGGCUCCGCAGACGGACACAUGUCAAACUGAGGAACAUAACAGCAAAUCAUAGAGUUCAUGAUAUCAUAGUGACAGAGGAUGGUCCUCAGACGCUGGUGGGGCGGUUUAUGUAUGGGCCUCUUGACAUGGUCACACUGACAGGGGAGAAGGUGGAAGUGUUUUUAAUCACUCAGUCUGGUUCUGGUCGUUGGGUGCUGUUCGACACCGUGGUGACCAGCAGCAGUGGACGUGUGUCCUACACCAUCCCUGCAAAUAAAAGACUUGGGGUGGGGGUCUACCCCAUAAAAAUGGUUGUCAAAGGUGACCAGACAAAUGCAGAGGCGUUCCUCACAGUGUUGCCGUGGGGAAUGGAGUGUGUGGUGUUCAGUAUUGAUGGCUCCUUCGCUGCCAGUGUCUCUCUAAUGGGCAGUGAUCCAAAAGUCCGGCCAGGUGCUGUGGAUGUGGUCAGGCACUGGCAGGAUCUUAGGUAUCUGAUCAUCUACAUCACUGGUCGUCCAGACAUGCAGAAGCAGAGGGUGGUAUCCUGGCUCUCACAGCACAACUUCCCCCAGGGCAUGGUUUUCUUUUCGGAAGGGCUUGUUUACGACCCCUUGCGUCAGAAAACCAUCUUUCUGAAGAGUCUGGUGAAAGAGUGUCACAUUAAGAUCAGUGCAGCAUAUGGGUCAAUGAAGGACAUGUCUGUAUACAGCACGCUGGGACUGGCACCGAAUCAGAUAUACAUUGUGGGCAGACCAUCUAAGAAGCAUCAGCACCAAUGCCAGUUUCUCAGUGAAGGCUAUGCAGCUCACCUCUCUACUCUGGAGUUUGAGCAUGGCUCACGCUCCAAAAAGAACCGCAUGGUGCUACGUCAGGGCUCUUUUGGCCUCUCCUCCAAGACGGACUUCCUGUCUCCAUCUCCUGACUUCCUAUCCAGCAAACGCACCCCACUCCUGCGGAGAGCCAUUUCUGUUCAGCAGCCGUCUCCGCCUUCCUCAUCUGUCUCCACUCCCAAACCUGAGCGUGCUCAGAGCCAGCCUGAGUCUCAUAAAGAUGGACCAGAGAUCCGUAUUCAGACCGAUGACCAGGAGGAGGAUGAGGAGAGCGAGAUAAUCCAAGAUGUCACAUGUAUUUGCUGAUUAAUUGUAUUUUUCAAACACAAGAUCCCAUCUCAAACAAGAAAACAUUUAAUCUUUUUUGUAAACAUGAAAGAUCUGCUUCUUGGAAGACAAAUGGCUGCCUGAUUGUUCAAGAGUGCACUGCGAGGAUUCACAGAAUAUUACCAAAAGCAAGCAACCACAGAGGACUGAGACAAAUAGAAAACAACAUGAAAGUGUUUAGUGGGACAAAGCAUAAGGUUGUAGUGUUGAUGUGACACAUAGGAUAGAGAAAAUUGAUAACGAUCAAGCCAUAAGAUUGGACAAUGUAUGGUUUAAAGUCAAUAUGAAUCCCCAUUCACAUUUUACGUGUGUAUUGUUACAUAUUUCAGAGUGAAACAGGCUGUUCAACGAGGAGUGUUGAGCAGGAGUUUAUUUUUUCUCUCUGGAAUUGACUGGAUUGUGUGCGUUCCAUACCUAAAUGGAGCCAGACUUUGUCAAAUACAACCAGUAAGUCUUACUUUCUUUCUUCUGUGGAACACAAAUGGUGAUGUUAGGCUGAAUGUUAGCCUGUCACCAUUCACUUUCAUUGCCUUUUUCCAUACAGUGAAAGUAAAUGGUGACUGAAGAUGUCAGUCUAACAUUCUGCAUAACAUCUCCUUUUGUGUUAGACAGAAAAUCAUAGGUUUGGAACAAUAUGAGGGUGAGUAAUGAUGAGAGAACUUUCAUUAUUAGGUGAACAAUCCUUUAAAGAAAGUAAAUUUUAAUUUCAUGUUGACUUAAACAACCCUCAUAUGUGACAAUCAGUGUUGUUGCAUAGACUGAAGGAAAUGGACCAUGGCUGUCAUAAUUGAGACAAGGAUAGAAUGAUGACACAGAAAGGCUGUUGACAGAAGGUAGUGUCAGGCACAGCUUUUCUGCUUUGCCAAGAGACUCAUUUAAUGUGCAGUGAAUGCGCUCUGCUUUUGUGAAGGUAACCAUGGACAUAACACCUGAACCACAUCUAUUUAUAGCAACGCUGCAACCUCUGUGUUCUUAAUAACUCUUUAGUGACCUACACAUCCCCCAGAUCAUCUCGCUUGUCUGUUUCUUGGAAGAUUGUCUGUUUUCUUGCUGGAUUUCAUAAGGCAUAAGGUCAAAGGAGCUGAGAUAAAGACUGAACCUUGCAAAGAUCAUUCCAGUGUAUUUUUUCUGACAAUUUCCUGCAUGUUCACCAAGCCCAAUUUCUUUAUAUGUGGUCAAAAUUGUGCUAGUGUUGUCCUCAUCUACUGUACAAUGCAGUAUGUGUAAAUAGACUUGUGCUGAAAGAGUGUUUAAAACAUGGCAUGCUGUGGUUUGACAUUUGUGUCAUUUUAGAGAGAAUCUUUUUGUA